CCCACUAAACGCAGAGGGCCCGAGGCUGUGAACCGAAAUUUUUCUGUGGCUCCUGCACUCAAGCGAGCCUCCGCCAGGAUCUUUGCGUCUCCGGACCCGGUGUCACCUUGCACCCCCACGUCCCUGUGUUUCCGCGUUCUCGCGCCCAGGCCACCGGGAAGGAUGCGCUGUGCGUCGACAGCCGGAGCAGCCCUGGUGCUGUGCGCCGCCACCGCCGGGCUGCUGCGAGCACAGGGCCGCCCAGCGCCAGCCGAGCCACCGCCGCGCUUCGCGUCCUGGGACGAGGUGAAUGUGCUGGCGCACGGGCUCCUGCAGCUCGGCCAAGGGCUGCGCGAGCACGUGGAGCGCACCCGGGGGCAGCUGGGCGCGCUAGAACGGCGUCUGGGCGCGUGCGGAGCCGCCUGCGAGGAGCCCAGGGCGUCCGCCGCGCCCCCUCACGUCUCAGCGAGUCUAGUCCCCCACGGCGAGGUCGCCCCUGAGACCCUCCGCAGCAUGCAGAUGCAGCUCAAGGCUCAAAACAGCAGGAUUGAGCAACUCUUCCAGAAGGUAGCCCAGCAGCAGCGGCACCUGGAGAAGCAGCACCUGAGAAUCCAGAAUCUGCAGAGCCAGGUGGGCCUCCUGGCCCCCAUGCACCUUGGCCAUGGCUUGACCCAGCCGGCCAGAAAGAAGAGGCUACCCAAGAUGGCCCAGCUUGUUGGCCCUGUUCACAAUAUCAGCCACCUGCAAAGGCUGCCCAGGGACUGCCAAGAGCUGUUUGAAGAUGGAGAACGGCAAAGCGGACUGUUCCGGAUCCAGCCUCGGGGGUCCCUGCCUUUCCUGGUUAAUUGCAAGAUGACCUCAGAUGGAGGCUGGACUAUAAUUCAGAGGCGCCAGGAUGGCUCUGUGGACUUCAACCAGCCCUGGGAAGCCUACAAGGCUGGCUUCGGAGAUCCCCAAGGAGAGUUCUGGCUAGGCCUGGAGAAAGUGCACUUGAUCUUGGGGGGCCGCGGCAGCCGCCUGGCCGUGCAGCUGCAGGACUGGGAGGGCAAUGCCGAGUCACUGCAAUUCCCUGUCCACCUGGGUGGCGAGGACACGGCCUAUAGCCUGCAGCUCACCGCACCCGUGGCCAGCAAGCUGGGUGCCACCACGGUCAUGCCCAGCGGCCUUUCCCUGCCCUUCUCCACUUGGGAUCAGGACCACGACCUCCGUGGGGACAAGAACUGUGCCAAGAGCCUCUCUGGUGGCUGGUGGUUCGGUACCUGUGGCCACUCCAACCUUAACGGCCAGUACUUCCACUCCAUCCCCCAGCAGCGGCAGCAGCGUAAGAAGGGCAUCUUCUGGAAGACGUGGCGGGGCCGCUACUAUCCGCUGCAGGCCACCACCAUGCUGAUCCAGCCAACAGUGGCCAAAGCAGCCUCCUAGCCUCCUCACUGGGGCCUGGUCCCAGGCUCCUAGAGGACAGUGACUCUGACUCUGGUCUAGCAUGUUGCCACUCCCUGCCUGGACAGAGGCUCCAGGCAGGGGCCAUCUGGAGCCUCAUGGACAGAGAAGAAGCCCAUGUCUGGAGAGGCCCCCUUUCUGAGUGGGAGGCUGUCUGUGAUACCUUCUGAAAAGGACAGAACUGUAGGGCUGCAGGGCACAGACCCCAGAAACAUGGGACCAAGGGGCAUUGAGACCUGUUCCUCACCUGCCCGAGGAAUGGUGGGACACAGAGGGACCACUCGAGGGCAGCCAGGCCAGCCCUCAAUGGCAGAUUCAGUCAUAUUGACUGGCUGGGGACCCGGCUCCCAUGGGCCCAGACGCCCUCAUGGUGCUAUCGUAUGUGAGUGCUGUGGGACGAGCCAGUGACGGUGGUGCCUGGGCAGACCUCGCACAGUUCUUGGAAUAAAAGCAACCUCAGAACAUUUGGUUCUUUGUCCUUCAACUUGUUUUAACAAGUGGACAGUUUCAAAGUCCACUUAAACAUGUUCCCAGGGUAGAGGGUGAACUCUCAUCUGAAGACAAACACUGGUUAUUCCUACCACCUAUGACAACUGAUUUUAAUUUUCUUCAUGUGUUAUUUUGUGAUGAGUAUCAUUUUUAAAAUUAGAAAACCCUCAUUCAAUCCUUCUGGAAGUGGAUAAUAGAGAAAAUGAGAACUCCUUCUUGACCAUACUUAUGCAUAUGAAUCACGAUUAACUUUUCUG